AUGAGUGAUCCAGGACUCCAAGAACAGUUUAUAAACCUGGAUAACCUGGUUGAUCAUCAGGAAGUCAGUGAUGAGCUCCAGAGUCUUGAUGACUUGCUUGGUGAGCUGCAGGAACAGGAGGAAGCAGCACCAGUAAACCCACCUGAACCAAGGGUGCAUUGGAGAAAAAGAGACCUUGAUGGAAACAUUGUCUAUGCAAGACCAAGGUCAAGCAGGAAUCAGUCAAAUAAAGAGUGUUUUCUGCAAGAUCUCCAGAACUCACUGAGCGAUAUCUCAGAUGAUGAGGCAUCACCUCUUGGAACCUCAAGAGAGCCUCUCCUAGCUUCCUCAAACUGGAGCAUACGACAAAGUCUUUUUUCAGAGAGGUGGAGGGCAGAGAGACCCCGUCUGGUGAACACUGCUGCGGCACAAGAAAAUGUGGCAACACACAUCUGCCAACAGUGUGGGAGCAACCCAGCUGCUGUCCGUUGUUGUGACUGUCGACCACGCCCCUUCUUCUGUGCUGAUUGUGAUGUCAGCAUGCACACCAGACAUGUUCUCCAUAACCGAGAUGCCAUGACUGCUGGAUUCUACCAGCCAUUGCCUCCAACAACUUUUGUUGUAGAUAAGGCUCUUUCCCAUUCUGUACGGCUUGUACCUGUGGAGAUUCCUGACAAUAUUUGUAGUUGUUCAUCAGAAUCAUUGAGGGUCAGCCCAGGGAAGAAUGUUGCUGUGAUCACAAUGAAUGGACGAUAUGAUCUAAGCAUGCCUGAGUUGAAUUGUGAGGCAUGCAAAGCCACUUGGGCUGCUGGAGUGGUCGACCUAAAUCGAAGUGAUUACUGGCCUGCGACCCUUCACUAUUCCACAAUUUAUGCUACAGAUGUCUUUUUUUCAUUUGAAGAAAUGAAUAUGGCAGCACCAGGACUGUCCUGCCAAGCAUUUUUAAGAAUGCUGGAUCAGCGAACUGUCCGCUUUGGUCGUACUGGCAAGAUCUCCACAGACAGUUUUCAGAAAAGUUUUUUUGAGUGGGAGGCUGUGCGAUACGAGGUGGACAAAAUCUGCAAGGAAGAGCCCUUCAUCUGUGCUGCGUGCACCCCAGAAAUGCUGGCAGUUUCAGUAGAUGGAAAUCGCAAGCAUUACCGUUUCAAGAAUGCAUCUAGAUCUAAGGAACAGGCCAUCUUUGAAAACGUCUUCAUAGCUAAGGAUGAAGAUGUGACAAGAUUUGUGGACUAUAUUCACAAGACAUCCAAACAUGUCAGUGGAAAAGGUGUUUGUGGAGGGGAGUGGUCAGCAGCCAGGGAGACCUCCCAAAGAUCUGCCAGCAAGGUAGAUGAGGAGGGACUGGAGCUUGCGGUGUGUCGGCAUGGAGUGCUGCUGUGUGCUUUAAAUAUGUACGGGGGAGAAAUUUUUGCAUAUCCCCUGUACCUACAAGAAAAACUGGCCAGUAGGCAAAUCACUUUUUUUUGUAUGGAUGUGACCUGCAAAUAUUGGCCGUACCUCGAAAGAGUUGCAAAAAGCUGCCCAGAGCUCCAGCACCUUCUUAACAUGAAGCCCUUCCUUUCAGUUUUCCAUGCCAAAGCUCAUGAUUUUAAAUGCGAGGUGAAAUGGAGUGGGGCAUAUCAGGAUGGUGCUGGUUUAACACUAGGGGAGGAGGUGGAACAGUGCAAUGCAUUUCUCUCUAGGAUUGCAGUGACCACAAAACACAUGUCCAAAGCAGGACGCACAGACAUGCUGACUCUCAUGGCCAUGCGCUGGAAUCAGCAAAAGUUCAACAAUUUGGCCACCACACUGACCCGUCGAUAUCAGAAAACCACAAAAGCUUUACAAAGCCAGGUGCAAAACCUGGAAUCCCUAAAAGUCGAACUGGCAGUAACAGAGAGCCAGUUGGAAGAUUGGGUCAAUGAUGUAAAGGAGUGGGCAGACGCAACAACAACAACAGCCACAAAUGAUGUUGAUGCCUUGGCCAGCCGAAUUGAGGUGCUGGUGGCAAGUGUCAAGAGGCGUUCACAGCGUCUCUAUAAAGAUACAGAUGGCAACAAAGGUCGUGCCAGGAUCCGCCACAAGAUAAGGGAGGAAAAGGCGAUUCUGACAUCAGUUGUAGAAAAAUACAACAGAAUGGUUCCAAACACAGACACUCUGUGCUUGGAAACCAUUUUGUCUGGUGAGACAGCUUGGCCAUGGCAGCUGCCACACAGUGACUCUGUUGACCUAAGGACAAAAAGAAAGGCAUUUGACAUUAUCAUGUCAGUAAGACGUCUUCAGGAGGAGCAGAAGAUUCUUGUUGCAGAGAUGGACCACCAUUGGAAAUAUCUUUCAACACGUGCUGAGACCCUCAGAGAACUGUCCUGCUUGUUUGCCUCUGAGACACUGAAAAAUUCGCAAUGUGGCCUCAGUGAAGAGGGUUUAAAAGGUCUGCAGAGCAUCAUCCACAGAAAGCUGCAUAAAAUCAGAGCUAUGCGGGUGCAAGCAAGAGAGUGUUACCUGAAAGUUUUGUCUGGAGCAGAGAACUUCUUAAACCUGUCAUCAGCUGAUGACAGUGACAGUGACUUCGAAAUUUCUGGUGACGAACUGUAAUCAACAUUCAUUCAUUCAUUCUUUUCUUUUUGGCUUAGUCCCUUUAUUAAUCAGGUUUCGCCACAGCAGAAUGAACCGCCAUCUUAUCCAGCAUAUGUUUUACGCAGCGGAUGCCCUUUCAGCUGCAACCCAUCACUGGGAAACACUCAUACACUCUUACAUUCACACACACACAUACACUAUGGACAAUUUUUUUUACCUUACCCAAUUCACCUAUACUGCAUGUCUUUUGACUGUGUGGGGAAACCAGCAAACAUGGAAACAUGCAAACUCCACUCCAACCGGGACUCGAACCAGCGAGUGAGGCAACAGCUCUACCUACUGCGCCACCGCGUCACCCUAUAAUCAACAGUGACCCCUUUUUUUUCUUGACCGUGGCCUUGACCUAAAACCCUGAUUCUAAAGAGUGUAAUAAAAUAUGC